UCUCUAUUAAGAUGGAGCCUGUUUUUCAUUUCAAGCAAUGUUAACCGUGUGCCUCAAUUUAAAUGGGCACUGUCACCAACUUUUUUUUUUUAUAUGUUGUAGAACAUAUGUACUACAACAUAUCUCUAAUAUAGUUUCAUUAUUUUUUUUUUUUAUUAUAAGGGUGUAAUUUACAUUUGAAAACCGGCCACUAGGGGUCUCCCUCCUAGUGGCCGGCUGCAGCCUGGAGUGAUGUCACGCCUGAAAAAGGACUGAUUUUGGCCUGGCAAUCAGUUCUUUUUCAUUUAUGCUGCUCUCGCUCCCUGCCUAUCAAUCAGACAGGCGGGAGCGAGCGCAUUGGCUCCCCGGCCACUGGCUGGGAGGCCACUCCUCCCGCACAUCGCCGCCGCCUCGUCGCCCCCGCUGUCCCUGCACGCCCGCUGCCGCAUUCCAGAGGUUUCAUGCCAGAAACAGACAACGCCUUCCCAGCAGUACUUUGGACACAACAAACAUACAGGAUCAUCUCGGUGUGCAGUUAUUCGGCAUUACUUGUGCUCCUUUGUUUUUAAGCUCAUCAGCAGUAUGUCGGAUUUUACAAAUACAAGUGAAUAUGAAGAGAAGUUUGAUCCCCGGCUGUAUCUGGAAACGUAUUUCCAUUUGGGAUCAGGUAGCCUGGCUGAUGACUUCCUGAGGUUUGUUCUUGAAAAUUUCAACAACACUUUUAAAUCAGGUGCUGUGAAAGGAUGUAAACUUAUUGACAUUGGUACUGCCCCCUCCAUAUACCAACUUCUUUCAGCUUGUGAAACCUUUGAUGAUAUUACAGUUACUUGGCAUACUAAAAGAGAACUGCAAGAGCUGCAGAAAUGGCUGAAUAAUGAACCUGAUGCAUUUGACUGGUCCUCUAUAAUAAAACAUGUUUGUGAAAUUGAAGGAAACAGGAUGGGCCAGAAAGAGAAAGAGGAGAAACUGAGAGAAAAGAUAAAACAAGUUUUGAUGUGUGAUGUGAGUAAGAACAAUCCAUUGGCCCCUCAUGAAGUGCCCGGAGCUGAUUGCCUUACAACAACUGUUUGCCUGGAAGCUGCUUGCAGGAGUUACGAUUCUUAUGCGACUGCUCUAAAGAAUCUUUCUCAUCUUCUCAAACCAAAGGGAACCUUGCUAAUGGCGGGAGACCUUGGAGCUAAUUACUACGAAGUUGGUUCCAAUAAAGUUUUCUCUCUUCCUGUCAAUGAGAAGUUUCUGAAAAAAGCCAUUAGUGAAAGUGGAUAUGAGAUCAUACAACUGGUAUCUUUCGGAAAGCCAGAAGAUGCUGAAUUUGGCACCUCAGAUUAUGAGGGAUUUUAUUUUGUACAUGCUCAAAAAAUAUAAUAAACAUAAGCAUUUGAUCUUUGUGUACAAAUAGGGUGGAUUCACAUAUGGCAAUUGCAGAUUUCAGUGCAAUUUCUGUGUCAUUCUUCUAGAAUUCACAUUCUUGCCCUUGAAUAACCCCAUUCAGAUGGAACUGAUUUUCACAUAACUUUUUGCCAUGAAAUCUGCCUUAUGUAUCUACCCUUUAUCUAGGUAAACUGUAUUGGAGUACUGGUUAAGCAAAAUAUAUAUAGAACAAUUCAUAUGUAUAAUGUGAGUUCAUCUUGUUAAAAAAAAAUCUUAA